GAUAACAACUGUUUGUUUGCCUUUCCGGUUGAUCGUAAAGCUUAAAGUAAAAGAAUCGCCACUGAGUCUUCACAUUCACUCCCGCCAUUCAAUGAGGCGCGCUGCUACUCCUCCUCCUCCGCUCCAUCAACUGUCCGUCGCCGUCGCCACAGCUACCGCUACCGCUACCGCCACGACCGCCACCAAUACAUCCGCUGUCAUGUCUUCUCGACCUCCCUACCGAGGUGGCCGGUACGGAGGCCACCGAGGCUUCUCGUCGGAACGGCCAUACUCUGGUGGUAGAGGUCAAUUCGUCACCGGUGAUUCUCAUUUUCAGUCUGUUCGGGAGUCCAACCUAGGGUUCCAGCGAGGAGAGAGAGGAGGCUUUGCGAACAAUGCGGGACGUUAUAGUGCAACUCAAAACCCUAGACCUCCGUCUUUUGGUGGAAAUCAUCAAUUCCGACAGGCUCCGCCUUCCACUCAGAGGCACCAGUAUCGGGGACCUCAUCCUCAUACCCACUGUCAGCAGCCACCGUCGUUCAAUCAAAAUCAAGGUGUUCAUAUGCCGCAGCAAAUUCGACCUCGGCCUCCAAAGCCGUUAGAUUAUCGUCAUUGGGAUUAUGCAAAGACACCACCUCCAUCUACUUGCGAGCGGUUUUCAAUUCUUUCAUACAACAUAUUAGCUGAUUACCUUGCCAUGGAUCACAAGCAAAAGCUCUACCGUCAUAUUCCCGGUUACAUGUUGGAUUGGGAGUGGAGGAAAAAUCAUAUUUUAUUUGAGCUUGGAUUAUGGUCUACUGACAUAAUGUGCUUUCAGGAGGUUGAUAGAUUCCACGACUUAGAGGAAGCACUGAAAGUUCGUGGGUUCAGUGGAAUUUGGAAGAUGCGUACUGGAACUCCAGUUGACGGCUGUGCAAUCUUUUGGCACAUGUCAAGGUUCAAGCUUCUGCAUGAGGAGUCUAUUGAGUUCAAUAAGCUUGGACUACGAGACAAUGUUGCUCAGAUAUGUGUUCUUGAGCAGAGUCAUCGGGAUGAUGGUGACAAUUCAGUUACUCCACCGAUUAGCACAUCAAAUCACAAUAAAGUUGUUAUAUGUAAUAUACAUGUCCUCUAUAACCCUAAAAGAGGAGAAAUCAAGCUUGGCCAGGUCAGGGUUCUCUUGGAGAAGGCUCACGCUAUUUCAAAAAAUUGGGACAAUGCUCCAAUCGUUCUCUGUGGGGAUUUUAACUGUACACCAAAGAGUGCAUUGUAUAACUUUAUUUCUGAACAGAAGCUAGAUUUGUCUGGAUUGGAUAGAGACAAGGUAUCGGGACAAUCUUCUGCUGAGAUUCAUCAACCUUCAUCAUUCUGGCGUAAUCCUCGGCUUCAGACUGCCAAUGGCUCAGUUCCCCUCCAGUCGAGGUCAGAAUCUAGCGAUAUUGAAAGGAAGUCGGAUAGUUCUUUGUCUGACAUACAGAAGCAAGAUUGUUCACGUAGCUGCAUGGAAAAUGAGAAUCUUCCAUCAGUAAACCACAUCUUGCCCCCUGAUAGUUCUCACAUUGUCUUUGAUGCUCCUGAUACUUCUUGUAACGAUCUCCAACUUGGAAUGAAGGGUACCACUCUACAUUCUGAAGGGAAAAAGGAAAGUCAACGUAGUGCUUUGUUUGACCACAAAAAUGGAGGGGAAACAACUUGCUGUGAGAAGACAGAUAGCUUCAACGAAAAUUCAAUCACGUGUGCUAAAGAUGAGUUUACUGUUGGUCAUACCAGUAAAAAAGUUGGCGAACUAGUCUCUCCUUUAGGAACCGACCCUGAACUAGUUCAUCUGAAUGAAACUGAGAGACGACAGAUGGAGAAAACCGAUGCCUCCCAUUUAAUCAAUAAAUCUUCUACAGAUGGUUAUGAGGAUCACAAUUUUGGCAAGGAAAGCAAAGACACUGUUGAUCCUCUUAUCUUAGAUGAUGCACAGCUUUAUUCUCAGACAGUUUGUUGGGAUUCAAAGAACGUUUCUUCUACACCUGCUUGCAAAAAUUCCAUGGCCGAAACUGCCAUAGACUCCUCUGAUGUUGUAACUUUUGACCGCUCAUUUGGCGAAUUUGAGAAGGAAAGCUCCUCCGGUAGGAAUAUUGAAGGUGGCCCAUCAACGGGUUUGCCUGGGAUUGACUCAGAUAUGGAUGAGAGACCAAAGAUUUUCCCUUCAGAUGAGCAGGAUGUAGCUGCGUUAAAUGGAAGCUUAACUGAGGAUGAUCAGACAUUUCUCUCAGCUUUGCAUGGUGUUGAAGAUCCCUUUUCAUCCGAUAUUCAUCAUUCUGGUAUUCAUCGAAACUUGGUUCCACCACCCACUGGAGUUGAAGAUGAUUUGUUGCCAGGAUUGAAUACCAAGUCUUUUGAAGUUGAAAAUGUUACUCAUGAUCGCUCAUUAUGGACUCCAAUGGAAAUAGAAACUGCUACUGGCAAUGCAGAUAUUACUCUAAUUGAACACUCUCUAAGGCUUAGAAGCACAUAUACAGAAGCUGAGGACCUCUCCGGGACCAGAGACUUGAAUGGGGAACCCCUGGCAACUAGUUACAAUAGGUGUUUUCUGGGCACUGUCGACUACAUAUGGCGUUCAGAAGGUCUUCAGACGGUUAGGGUGCUUGCCCCCAUAAGAAAACAAGUCAUGCAGCAGUUGACUCCUGGAUUUCCUACAAAGAAAUGGGGCAGCGAUCACAUUGCCUUAGCUACUGAAUUGGCAUUUGUAAGGAGUCGUGAAGAGUGAUACCGUGAAUCUUAAGAAGCAAAUGAUAAUAAGUGAAUAAAUAAUUUCCCUUGUAAUUGGAGUUUUUUUAUUUGAGGAACCAAACUGGUUCCAAUGGCACCAGCCUGCAGGUGCAGUGUGUUGAGUUAGAGGAGAUAACAGAGCCUAAGAUGGUGAGUUUUUUCCCUAAUUAUUAUUAUUAUUAUUUUAUUUAUAGAUGUAGUUUUUCACCAA